AUGUCUCCACCCAGGACCCUGGAGAGUGGUCUACACUGCAGUAUGUCGCCACCCAGGACCCUGGAGAGUGGUCUACACUGCAGUAUGUCUCCACCCAGGACCCUGGAGAGUGGUCUACACUGCAGUAUGUCUCCACCCAGGACCCUGGAGAGUCGUCUACACUGCAGUAUGUCUCCACCCAGGACCCUGGAGAGUGGUCUACACUGCAGUAUGUCUCCACCCAGGACCCUGGAGAGUGGUCUACACUGCAGUAUGUCUCCACCCAGGACCCUGGAGAGUCGUCUACACUGCAGUAUGUCGCCACCCAGGACCCUGGAGAGUGGUCUACACUGCAGUAUGUCUCCACCCAGGACCCUGGAGAGUGGUCUACACUGCAGUAUGUCUCCACCCAGGACCCUGGAGAGUGGUCUACACUGCAGUAUGUCUCCACCCAGGACCCUGGAGAGUGGUCUACACUGCAGUAUGUCUCCACCCAGGACCCUGGAGAGUGGUCUACACUGCAGUAUGUCUCCACCCAGGACCCUGGAGAGUGGUCUACACUGCAGUAUGUCUCCACCCAGGACCCUGGAGAGUGGUCUACACUGCA